UUUUCGAGUGUGUGUGACUGUAUUGGAGAUUUUUUUUUUUUUGGAGGUUGAGAUAGUGGGGACGUACGUUAUUUUUUGGAGGAGAACGGAGUGAGAGGCCACGUUUGGAAAAAGUUCCCCCACGCGCAUCGUUGAAAACCCCCCCACAGGUUGACGUGUCACCAUGACAACAGAAGCGGGCACUGAGACAGAGGUGAAGGAGAAAGCCGAGGAGUCGGUCGCUAAGCCCGACCAAUCGGAGAAGGCCACGGAAGAGAACCAGGAAGUAGCCAACGCCGAGGGAGAGGAGAAGGAGAAAGAGAAGGAGAAGGAGGGAAAGGGAAUAGGUCGAUACCUGCCAACGUGGCUUAAGAAGCAGAAGUCUCAGAGCCAGACGUCCCCGACCAAGGAGGUGCCACCCACAGAGGAAGCCGAUAGCAAGGUGCCACAGGAAGAGGACGAGCCCGCCCCAGAAGUGAACGGUCACGCAGAGGAAGUGGAAGAGAAGGAGGAAGUGAAGGAAAAAGAAGCAGAAUCUCAUUCCACCGCCAGCGCAGACACUGAGCCUGCCAAGGAGGAGAAGGUGGAAGAGAGUGCUGAGAAAAGACCAGAGGAGACCCGCGUGACCGCAGAGGAAGACGGAGCAGAGGAGCAGAAGAAGGAGCAGCAGCAGCAGCAAGAGGAGGUGGGAGGUGAAGAGGAGGGAGGAGGAGGAGGAGGAAAAGAAGGCGAAAGCGAAAGCAAGACCUCUAUUUUCCAGUCUCCUCUUCGCCUUGUGAGGAAGACCAAGAUGAAGCUGAUGGUGUGUCACGUGACCCUCCUGGAGGGGACCGACUUCUCCUGCGAGGUGGAGAAACGCGCCAAGGGCCAGUUCCUGUUCUUCAAGGUGUGUGAGCACCUCAACCUAAUGGAGAAGGACUACUUUGGACUCUCGUACAAGGACAGCCAUGAACAGACGUGUUGGUUGGAUCCCACUAAGGAAAUCAAGAGACAGAUACGCAAUAACAACUGGCAGUUUGCAUUCAACGUCAAGUUCUACCCUCCUGACCCCUCACUGCUCACUGAAGACAUUACCAGGUACCUGUUGUGUCUGCAGCUCCGUGAAGAUGUGGCUUCUGGACGACUGCCGUGCUCCUUUGUCACUCACGCUCUGCUGGGCUCGUACACAUUGCAGGCCGAAUUUGGUGACCAUGAACCCGACCAGCCUCGGCCUCUGGACAACGUCGGUCAGCUGACCUUUGCGCCCAAUCAGAACAAAGAGAUGGAGGAAAAGAUUCUUGAGCUCCACAAGUCUCACAGGGGAAUGACACCAGCACAGGCCGACGUCCAGUUUCUAGAAAAUGCCAAGAAGCUGUCCAUGUACGGGGUGGACUUGCACCAUGCCAAGGACUCUGAGGGCGUGGACAUCAUGCUGGGCGUGUGCGCCAACGGGCUCCUGGUUUACAAAGACAGGCUCCGGAUAAACCGUUUUGCUUGGCCCAAGAUCCUCAAGAUUUCGUACAAGAGGAACAACUUCUACAUCAAGAUCAGACCCGGAGAGACGGAGCAGUUUGAGAGCACGGUGGGAUUCAAACUCCAGAACCAUCGAUCUGCCAAGAGGCUGUGGAAAACCUCUGUGGAGAAUCACAGUUUCUUUAGGUUAACGGUACCAGAACAACCCACCAAGGCCCGCUUCUUGACGCUGGGCUCCAAGUUCCGCUACAGCGGGCGAACCCAGGCCCAGAGCCGCACGGCCAGCUCCCUCAUCGACCGACCCGCACCCAACUUUGAACGCACCUCAUCCAAACGUAUCAGCCGCAGUCUGGAUGGAGCACCAAGGAUCAGCAUAACUGAAGCUACGUCUGAGAACGGACGGGAGCCACACCUGGAGCUCCACUCUGAUUCUAAGGUUAAGGAGGUGGACUUGAGCCCUGCGGAAGCCACGCCCACCCAGAGUCCAAUGAGAGUGCAUGGGGACAAUAUUUAUGUGAGGCACAGUAAUUUAAUGUUGGAGGACCACGAUAAGACCCAGGAAGACGUUCUGAAACACCAAGCUAGCAUUAGCCAGCUAAAACGCUCCUUUAUGGAGGCGCCGCCUCCCUCUCCUCCGCAGCCCAACCAGUGGGAGAACCGCCUCACCUCCUCUCCCGCCACGAUACGUAUCCAACAGCAACAGCAAGUGGAGUGUGUGCCCCAAGCUGAAGCAGCAGCAGCAGCAGCAGCUGCUGAUAACGACGCGACCUCUGAUACCAAAGAACCUGCGAAGACAACCGAAGUUGAAAUCGAGGAAACCGUUGUCGUCCAAGAGGUUUCCAUAGCACCCAAACCUGGACUUGUCACGGUUACGACCAGCUCCCCUGCUGAGCCACCUGCAGAGCAGGAAACACUAGAGCAGGAAGUGACAGUUGAAAAGGAAGCGGUGGUAGCGGAGGAAGUGAAAGCGGCAAAGCAGGAGAGCGUUUCAUCCGAGAGCGAGAGUGAGGAAGAAGCGGAGUACCAUCCAAAUGUCUCCAUCUGCCACACACAAAUACCAGAGGAGGAGGAAGAGGAGGAAGAGGAGGUUAAGAUGGCGGAGCAGGACGCGACGGCUCCAGACGCUCCUUCCCUUCCAGCUGAAGUCAGCCGACCUGUAGAGGCGACCACUCGAGAGGGGGAGGAGUCCAGGAACGAGGACGCUGAGGAGCAGGAGGAAGAGGAGCAAGAGGUGGAGAAGAAUGCAGAGGGGGAGAAAAAAGCUGAGCGGGAGACAAAGGAGAGCACCGACGAUCCAACGAUGACGCCCGUCGAAGCCCCGAACGGUCACGCCGAGCCGGAGGAGAGCGAGACCGGGACGGGCGCCCCAGAGGAGGAGGAAGAGCCCAAAGUGAACGGAGAAGCCUCUCUGUUUGAAGCGGAACACCGGCCACAGGUUAUUUGUUGCUCUGAGCCACCUGUGGUAAAGACAGAAAUGGUGACUAUAUCAGACACGUUUGCCGCCCAGAAAACUGAGAUAGCGACAAAAGAAGUGCCCAUCGUACACACGGAAACCAAGACCAUCACAUACGAAGCCGCACAGCUGGAUGGGAAUGGCGACGGCGAGCCGGGCGUGUUGAUGACUGCUCAGACAAUCACCUCUGAAUCUCUGUGUACUACCACAACUACACACAUUACUAAGACGUUAAAGGGCGGCCUAUCAGAGACGAGGAUCGAGAAACGCAUCGUCAUCACUGGCGACUGUGACAUCGACCACGACCAGGCACUGGCCCAGGCCAUUAAGGAGGCCAAAGAGCAACAUCCUGACAUGUCUGUUACCAGAGUGGUGGUUCAUAAAGAAACCGAACUGGCUGAGGAGGAGGAUUGACUGAACUCAGAGUUGAAGGGCCCAUCAUGACAGCUUUCUCUGUUGACGUUGAACGACCUCCAUCACCUCACGACAACCGACCUGGACUGACCGAAGAGGAGGAGGAAGAAGGAGGAGAAGGGGUAGACAAAUGGGAGAGAAGUUGCCAAUCUCUUCCCAGUUGUUUUUUUCUUACAUGUCUGUCGGUGCGUCUAAAACCCCUCACUCCAAAAACCAAGAAAAACAAAAAAAAAUAAUGUCCCCUCUCUCUCCGAGGGAACAAAAAAAGAACCACUUUGUUAGCUUAAUAUUUUUAGCGUGUUUCUAUUUUUUAAUAGUGCUUUUUUUUUUUUUUUUUACAAAAUGAGCUUUAGUGUGUCCGUCAUGUGUUUCUAACUUUAAAGCUGCAGGAAUGCACCGAUGACCCAUCCUGAUGAGACACGAGGCUAAAGAUGAUUAUUGGGUCCAUUGUGCUGGUUGUUUCACCAGCAACCUGCAAUAACUCAACACAUUUAACUUUUCCUCCAUCAAUUAAAAAGAUGCAUUUGAUCUGAAAUAGAGAAACAUUAUUUUGGUAAAAUAAAUGUAAUUUAAUUAGCAGCUGAAGGUUUUGUACUCUGUAUCAGUAAAGUGGUAUUGGUACAUUCCUAAAAGGAUUUCACAUUAUUAUUAUUAAAUUACAGCUCCCUCCCUCACUUUUAACUAACGUUGUAAAUGGAGGGUGACAUGAUGUAAAACGGUGAUUUUUAAAAUUGUCGGACUGCAGGAAAAAAAAACGCGAAGACACGACCUGAUUUUAUUUAUUUUUUUAACUUUUUUUCAAAAGCGUAACAAAAUCAAACUAAUUAAAGCACAUUCGCAGUCGGAUGAACAUUAUCACACUGUAUUACUAACAGUUACAGGAAACGGGGAUUUUUAUUAUGACUUUAUGAUUUCUGUACGUUUUUAGUUAUUUUAGUGGGUUCAUUUUCACUUCAGUUCACUUUUUACUCGCCUCCUAAGAAGACAUUUGACCAUUUACAGUAGCGGGGGCUCGAGAGGCCAAAUGUUGCAGGUGGAAAUUAAAUCCUCGUGAUAUAUUUGUACGUUUUACUGUAUUUUUUUUUAGAGUUAAUCUUUACUAAAUGGACUGAAAAUGAACCGACUUGAAAGCUGGUGUAUACAACCGUCUGUACAGUGACAAUGAAAAGGUAUCGGAUGGGAGCAGUAGAGAAACGCUCUCCCUGGGCCCGCCCACAUUACCACACUAGCCAUUCCCAUUGGGCCACAGGGAGGCAAGGGAGCAGUAAACUGACUUUUGAUUGGGAGAGAGGACCAGUGACCUGACGCAUAACUGGGAGAUGACGAAGAAUUAAAUGCAUGUUGCAUGUCGCUCUUCUCGCGAGGGCGAAACUCCCUCAUUGUGCAACAAAAAAAAAUAAUCACUCAUUAGGUUAUUUUAUUAUAAUUUAGUUCGAGCCGUUUUGAUAUUCUCGGGUCAAUGUUUAUUAAACGCAAUCUGCAAUUCAAGCACAGGCACCAAAACGAGGGCAGCACAGUAGGAACAACUUGGGGAAAACAAGAGUGUCCAACAUUCAGAAUAGCGCAGUUCAAGCACGUAGUUACACUCCCAGUGUUCUUUACACACCACAAAACACCUCCCAGUUACCACGACAACUGGUUAUUAAGUUCAGCACGUCUAGAUGGAAGGCUACCGGGUCGAUUUGGUUCGAGAGUGCGUAGAUAACCCGAUUUGUCUCGGCUCACAUCCGGUGACAUCAAAUGGAAUCUCGCGAUGUUUUCAUUCAUUUUCGGUGUGUCCCUUUUUUUUUUUUUUUUUUUUACCCAAAUGUUCCACAACAAGAUGCGACUCUGUGUAAAUACCGGUGACAUUAAGUUAGUUAAAGUAUUAAGUCGACGCAUAGUUUCAAGUGUGAGCUGCGGAAAAACUACACGCAAAAAAAACAACAACAACAAAAUAACCUGCGUUUUCCUGAAAUUGGAACUUGCUCGUAAGCAACAAAGUGCCACAGAUUUGAUGUGAAAACAUUCCACCUCUACCUGCCUAUCGAUGUGUCUGAGCACGGAGGCAUUUUGAAUCGGGAGUAAUUUAAUGUAGGAAAUACCAACGCACAUUUGAAAUACCAGUUUAAGGCUCUCUUUCUGGACAGUGGUCAUACUGGGCUGUUGGGGAAACACUGGUCCGACCCUCUACUAUGCAGUCAACUCACAUUCCAGAUGAGGAGGGGACGCUGUGACCUCUAAACCCUCUUUGCAAAGAGAGGACGACGCAGCAGAGAAAUAUUUAAAACAAAACCGUGCAACACGAGGCAGCUUUUGGAGGCUUUUGCUGUUCCAAAAAAUAAAUUUAAAAAAAACUUUUAAAAAUAGCAUCGGUUAUAUCACAGCAGCUAUAUUUGUAAUCUGUUGUCUUUUCUCUGUGAUCUAGAAAGGUGGGAUUUAUUGUGCGCCCGCUUGGUUCUUUUAUUUUAUUUUAUUUUAUUUUAUUUUUUGACAUUGAAUAAACACUACUUUUUAAAACACCAUUUCAUUUGUUUUGUACUAUCAGCUCCAUGUUUAACCUCUUUUCGGGGCUUCCGGGCUCUGUUUUAACCAAUCACAGGAGCUAUGCGAGCGGCACAGGGGGGGGGGGGGUUCCCAAAAUGUUGAAUUUUAUUUGAAGGAAAAAAAAAAAAAAAUCAGAUAUUUUAAUUUAAAUAAAGACGACACAGGAAGGUUUUUCAGUGGUUACCGUGGCAACUACGCAAUGUCACUCGAGGCAGCUGAUGAUGAUUCAACCGUCAGGGAUCUCAACAUUAUGUGUAAAAAAAAAUAAUUUAAAAAACUAAAUUUAUUGCUAUUACCUUAGAUUCAAUUACCAACAUGUUUUCUGUAUGAGGCGGAUGAAUUAGAGGUUUUAAGGUGAUUGAAGGACCUUCUUCUCUACAGUCACGUCUCAGGCUCUGGAACCACAGAUGAGGCCGUGUCAGUUAACACCAGCAUCAUUUUGUAUUUCAGCGACUUUCAAAACUCCCAGAAAAAAUAAACUUUGUACAGGAAACACCUUUUUGGAAAACCACCCACAGCUGCCUCAGCGUUUCCUCUCUAGCCAGCCAAUGAUCACUGGUGGGGGCGUGUCUAUCUAGCAGCUUAAAUGUCAUGUGUCUCCCGCCCCCCACCCCUUACACACCCACAGCCACUCCUCCCCUGUGUAACACUGUUUAAAUAAAGGAUUGUUAUACUCUGAAA